AAGCGAUAUGAUAAAUACUUGUUUGUGUUUGUUCCCUCCCUCUACCUCCGCAAGGGACGCUGAUAUCAAGGAAGUGAUGUCAUGACUUGCAAAUGAAUUUAAUUUAAAUGAGGAAGAGCUGUGCAAGGUCAUCUGCCUCACUUUCCCCUCCAGGGUCCAGUGGCUAGAUAAUAGAUUCAGAUGAUGGAGGUGGCCCCAGAUGAAAUCAGAGACUUUGCUCUUUUUAAGGUUAUGCAAGAAAUGCCAGCAUCAGAUUUUGCAAUACAGGAAUGACAUAUAAAAAUAUCAACCAUGCCACUGUAGAUCGAAUCAUCCGGGUAGAUCAUGCGGGAGAAUAUGGAGCAAACCGCAUAUAUGCUGGACAGAUGGCUGUACUUGGUAGAACAAGUAUGGGACCAGUUAUUCAGAAAAUGUGGGAUCAAGAAAAGGCACAUUUGAAAAAAUUUAAUGAGUUGAUGGUUACAUUUAGAGUUCGGCCAACUAUUCUCAUGCCCUUUUGGAAUGUAAUGGGAUUUGCUUUGGGUGCUGGAACAGCUUUGCUUGGAAAGGAAGGGGCAAUGGCUUGCACAGUGGCUGUAGAAGAAUCAAUAGCACACCAUUAUAACAACCAGAUUAGGACAUUAAUGGAAGAGGAUGCAGAAAAGUAUGAAGAACUCCUUCAGACAAUUAAAAAAUUUCGGGAUGAGGAGCUAGAACACCAUGAUACAGGACUUGACCACAAUGCAGAAUUGGCACCAGCAUAUAGCAUCUUGAAAGGUGCUAUUCAGGUUGGAUGCAAAGCUGCAAUAUAUUUAUCAGAACGAAUUUAAAAUAAUUCUUUGUGAUAAUAUGGAAAAGUUGAUAGCAAUUACGGAGUUAUAUUUGCACAUGUGAAUUUUAUAAUUAUUGUAAAUUUUGUUAAUAAAUUGGAUGAUUCUACUUUUAAAAAAUCUUUGAUUUUUCUAUGUACUGCCUUCAUGUCAUAAGAUAACGUUCAGAUAAAUGUACAGUUAUUCUUA